AUGCGUAAUCGUUAUAUUAUUAAUUGCGAAAUAUUGCGUAAACUAAUUAGCGCUGAACUAAACAAUACUUGCGAUGUCUUAAUAUUUUUGGUUUACAAUAAUUUGGAUUUUGCUAAAAAAUCGUUUAAAUCAAACAAAAAUCGUAGACAUUUAACAUUGUUUGCCAUAACUGGUCAUGCUAGUUUAGAUAGAAUUUAUUAUUACCAUGAUCCAUUUAGUCAAGAGUUGGCCACAAAGACACCGAACAAGUUUAUAGUUCAGACACAACUUUCCUUCACUAAUGAUAUUCGUAUGUCUUUUGGCCAACAAAUCAAUUCAUCCGAUUGUGUGGUCCGAGUGUUACGACAUGUCAAAAUGUGUUCAUUAAAUGUGCCAUUGAAUGAACUUAAUUGUAAAUUAAAUGAAAUCAAUUCAAAUCAAUUGAAAACAUCGGACAAUGAAUUGAAUAAAACUAAUUGUGUUUUGUAUGAACAAUACAAUGAUAUCAAUGAAAUUAAUGACAUAAUUAAUGGCUCCAAUAAUCAACAAAAAUGUUUGCCAUUAAAUCUAUACAAAUGUGAUGUCAAUGAUUGCAACAAAUUAUUUCGACAUAAAUCAAGUUUGAGUCAACACAAACGCAUACAUUUUGACGAAAAGCUAUUCAAAUGUGAUGUUAUAAGUUGUUACAAAUGUUUUACUUCAAAACGAUACUUAAAUCAACACAAAAUCGUACAUUCAAUGGAAAAACCAUUUAAAUGUGAUGUCGAUAAUUGCAAUCAAUUGUUUCGACAUAAGUCCAGUUUAAGUCAACACAAACGCAUACAUUUUGACGAAAAGCGAUUCAAAUGUGAUGUCAAUAAUUGUAACAAAAUAUUUGCUACAAAACGUCAUUUAAGUCAACAUAUUGUUAAACAUUCAGAUGAGAAGCCCUUCAAAUGUGAUGCAAAUGAUUGUAACAAAUUAUUUAGUCAUAAGUCAAGUUUGAUUAAACAUAAACACAAACAUUUGGAUGAAAAGUCAAUCAAUUGUGAUGACAACGAAAGGUACAAAAAGUUUGAAAUAAUAGAUGCAAAUGAAGACAAACUAAUAUAUUAUGGCGACAGACAUCUGAAAUAUCAUAAUUGA